AUGCAGGCGAUCGUGCCGUGGUUGAACAAGGGCUGGAAGCUGCGAGAGCUCGUGCAAGAGCCUGUCAUCGUCGCGCCGAACCUGGAGGUUUUGGUCAUUGAACACUGCCCCAUGAACAAGUUCAACGCCGACACAAGUCUGCCGCAGCUCAAGAAGCUGACGCUGUCGUCGCGAAACUUGUCGGCGCUGCAGGCGCGAGAUCUUCCUGCUCUGCGGAAGCUCGACCUGAGCAGCUGUGCGAAACUCACUCGAGUGCACGUGACUUCCAAGCGGCUGGAGACGCUCGAUCUGUCGCGCAACGACGAGUUGCAGUUCGUGUUACUGGACCUCGAGCGCGUGGUGGACCUGGAUUUGUCGUUCCUCAAGAGCCUCACCCGCUUGUACUUCCGCUCGCCGUCGCUGCGGCGUCUGAACCUCCGCGGCUGCGACCAACUGAGGCGGAACACCACGAGCGUGCACUGUCCGAAUCUGCAGUUCGUCGUGCUUCAAGGCACAUCGCUAGAGGUCGACGACUUCAAUAGGGGCGAGGUCAACGACGAGGUGUUCGCAUUGCCAGUCAUCGCAGACCAGCAGCACUUGUCGACGCUGCGUCAAGGACUGGCGCGCCUCACGCCCGAGAUGAGCUUCCACGCCGGGUGGAGGGACCCCGUGUACGGCUACUCACCUCUGGCCAACGCGUGCUCGCAGGGCCAUCUGCUCUGUGUGCAGGCGCUGCUCGCAUACGGCGUGGACUGCAACGCCCGCGACUCGCAGCGCAACACACCGCUGCACAUCGCCACGGCCUGUGGCAAGAGCGAAGUGGUGCGGCUGCUGCUGGGAGACUCCGGCGGUGGACUGUUUCGCCAAGACAUUCACCAAGGCGCAAACAGCGAUGGACAUCGCACGCCACUCGUAUAG